AUGGAGUGUUAUUUGUUGAACAACAAACUUAUUAUAAAUGGCUAUGUUAUGGUCCGAAAUAAAGUGCGUGAAAAUCGGUACAACUGGGAGUGUGAAAAAAGAAUCCAUAGAAAAACUUUAGAAACACAUGAAAAUUGUAAUGCCAGAGCUACGACUGAUUGUGUCAACAGUGCCGGCACUAGGUAUUGCGGGGCCCUGGACAUAGUAUAUUAUAUACCAAUCGAGAUUUAUAAUUGGUUUGAUGAGACUUAUGUAAAUGGGAAAAUUCGUCGAACAUUUAGAAAUGGCACAAUAUCUCGGUCUCUACCCUUAUUUCCACCAGAAUUUUGGUCAGUAAGUCAUAACAACGAAUUAGAUAUACCUCGAACUCAAAACAAGGUAGAAUCAUGGCACAAACGUUGGAAGACUUUAAUUGGAGCAGAUCAUAUUGGGUGUUUACAUAUUGUUUCAGAAAUGAAAAAAGAACAGAUGAAUACAAUAGGUCAAAUUGAACUAAUUCUAUCUGGAGAACCAAAGCUUCGACAACAUUCAAAAUAUGCUGCUCGUAAUAAACGGUUAAAUAAUAUUAUUAAUGAUAAAGGAAAUUAA